AUGUCUUCCUAUCUUGUUACUGGCGCCAGCCGUGGCCUCGGAUUUGAGUUUGUCCGGUACCUUUCCCAAGACCCAAACAACACAGUCAUAGGACUCGUCCGGAACAAAGCUGCAGCUGACGCAAAGGCUAAGUCCAAGGGAGUUAACGUCCACAUGGUGGAAGCUCAAUACACCGAUCUGUCAUCAUUGAAGAAAGCUGCGGACGUCGUCAAAGAUAUCACCGGAGGAAGCCUGGACUAUCUGAUAAACAAUGCCGGUAUCGUUUCUCAUAUAAGCGAAUUCAAAACCUUAGGUGACUUUGAUGAUGACUUCGACACUCUGGAAAAGGACAUCUUGGAAUCACUGAAUGUCAACCUCCUCGGUUUUAUCAAGACAGUGCAAGCUUUCCUCCCCCUUAUACGUGAGGGCAAAAGCAAAAAGGUCAUCGCGAUUUCCACCGGUAUGGCAGAUAUUGAUCUCAUCAACGCCUCCCAAGUCGCCUUUGCUAGCCCCUACUCUAUCAGUAAGGGUGCGGCCAAUGUUGCCAUUGCCAAGUACAACGCCCUUUACAACCAGGAAGACAUUCUUUUCCUCGCUAUCAGCCCUGGAUAUGUGUCGACCGAGCGAAAUCAAGAAACGAACCCAGAUGACGCCGAAAAGGUUCAAGCGCUUGUUAGCAAGUUUGCUGAGUAUGCACCGCACUUCACUCGCCCUCUGACUCCUGAGGAGUCAGUCUCUGCGGUUCUUUCCGUCAUCAACAAAGCUUCGGUAUCGAACGGAGAUGGUGGUGCGUUUAUCUCUCACCUAGGAACCAAGCAGUGGCUUUGA